AUGGGUAAAGAGCAAGACCUUCUACAAGCUGCAAAAACUGGAAAUGUCGCACACAUCGAGAAGAUUCUCGGUAAUAAGACAAGGAAGUCUGGAAUUCAAAGGUAUUUGGGAGCUGUCUUGCAGAUUGACAGGAAAUGAAAGUUGAUUGCUCUUUUGCUCUUGUUUAUUGAUUUUCACGCUUUUGCAGUUUGAUGAGCAGGACCGUCAACCCUAAUCAUCAAGACGAACUUGGAUACACUCCGCUUCAUUAUGCAGCAUUAAAUGGUCAUAGGUAACGAUAAUAUUUUUUUUACUUGGAUCGGAAAUGACACAAGGAAACCUGGACGUGUUAUUACACGCACUGUGCGAUUACGUGCAUAACUCGGUUGCUGUCUUUCAUUGAUAUUUUCAGUUAACUUUUAAUUCUUUGUCAGCCGAUCGCUCAUUCCAAAAAUCGCGAAAAAUGAACUUUAUUCACGAAUGUGUGUUCGAUCAUUUCCACUUACCUGUAUGUCCUCCUGCACCUUGACCCUCUAGCUAUUAAUGUUUUAUCACUAUCGUUAACCUGAAGGUUAUCACGUUCCAUGGAUGCGGGCAUAAUUUACCACUACCGAGAUUUAACACACUCUAGUGUCCUUAAUGGUGUUUGGUUUAUAGGCUACAGUAUACUAGGCUACUGUAUGUUGUUUUAGCCCACUACUAAUAUCAGUAUCCAAAUUCUCCACACUCUUCUCCAUACAUUUCCUUUCGUACUAACAAGAAGAAUUUGUUUGACAAUCAAAGAUUUUUUAUAUUGGCAAUCAUUUCUUUGAUUCUCAUGAUCAGCUUUCACUUUAUUGAAAAGGUAAAUGGUUGUUUCUUUUGGGGGUAAAAAGGUUAAAAUGACCAUAAAUACUAGUAAUUGCUUUUUCAUCUUCACAAAAAAAAAGGUAGUGGAAGAGGUACAUGUCUUUUAGGACCCCUUUUCUCUUAGUUGUAUCAGUGGUUUCUUUCACACUUCCAUUUUUUACACAUUUUUCUUUACAAGUUGCCUCCUUCCUAGCAUUGUUAUUUCUUCAGAAGUUUUUUUCCCUUUUUCCAACCAGUAUCUGUUGGUCGAAGAUCACAAUGCACACAGUACAGACUUUUCUAUCAGUUGUAUUCCCACAUUUAUCUAUUUUUGUUUCGCUUCUUUCUCAGGUCAUCAGCUGAGCUUCUUUUAAAAUAUGAUGCUUCAACAAACAUUCCAGAUACUUCUGGUGAGUAUCAGAGGAAUGACAUUGCAUGUGAGCUGAAGUAACCAAACAACCAAACUUUACAAUUUGUAAUGAAACCAACUUCAUCAGACCUUUGGAUUGAAAAUCAAGUGUUGCAAUGAUCCAUAGUUGAGCUGUAAUUUUAGUGCUUGGAGAAAAGAAGCCUCAAAAUGAAAUUCAGGCUUUGACAGGAAUUUAACCAGUGCCUCCCAAAUACUAUAGCUGUAGUUGGACACCACCAUCAGCUGAAGCUUUGAAGUUGCACCUUGGAAGCAAGGCAGAUUUUGGAGUAUUCUUGUCUUCCAUGAAGGAAUCUGAUACACUUUGUGACAAGGAUCAUUGGUUUACUUGAUUUUCAAUCUGCAGGUCGAAUGAAAUUUGUUUCCUUCAGUUACUCCAUUUUGACGUAACGCAAAAAAUUUGAUCUAAAAACAAAGAACUAUUUUAUGUCUAUAGGAAACUACCCCCUUCAUUUGGCAGCAUGGAAUGGACAUGCUGAUGUGGCUAAAGUGCUCAUAAACACAGGACCAUCAAGAGCUAAUGUCAAUGAACAGGUUUGUCACUGAGCAGUACUAGAUGUUAGAUGUACGUGGAUUAUUUCUUGACAUUGUGGUUUAUUCUUAUCCUGAUUAUGAACAGAAUGAUACAGAGGACACAGCUUUACAUUCUGCCUCUCAGUUUGGGCAAAGUCUUGUUGUAGCUGUUUUACUUGAGGUACAGUAUGUUUAUUAUUUAAUGUUUUAAAGCUGCAAAGAUUGAUGACAGAUCAGGAUUCGGUUGUUCAGAGGGUGGAUAACACUAUCCACUAGAUAAAUCUCUUUGUGGUGGAUAGUGCAGUACCUAGUAGAUAGAAAUUUAUCCUUUGGAUAGCAUUGUCAUCCCUUUGAAAAACAGGCCCGAACACCAUCCACUGGUUAAAUUUCUAUCCAGUGGAUAACACACAGUAUGUUAACGCUUAUCUGUUGGAUAGCAGUUUGCCCAUUGAAUAGCAUUAUCUGCCCUUUGAGCAACAAAUACCGGUAGAUUUUUCUUUGAAUAGAUAUGAUUAAAAAAAACAUCAGCAGAAGGCUCUGAUAUUCAUUUUAUAAGACCUUGCAUAAUAUGAUUUUAUUAGAUUUCUACCACACAAGCUGUUGUCCCUAAUGAGUUAGACUGGUGUUUUGCCAGUAUUCUUUCCAGGUGAAUUCAGUUAAAUGUAUGUGCUUGGUAUUUUUCUUGAUAUCAUAUUUUUGUUACAGAAUCAUGCAGAUCCUCGUAUUCGAAACAGUCGUCAGGAAUCACCACUUGAUUUAGCAGCACAAUAUGGUCGAAUGGAAGCUGUAAGUAAAAAACAUUUCAGACACAAACUCAUAGAAACUUGGCUCUGAGUCAGGUGGUUAAUUGAGAGUGGACUGAAUUGACAUGUUCAGUUUUUUUGGCUUUAAAAUGUUUGAUUUAUAGGGGUUAGCAAUAAUUAACACUUGAACCCCCAAGAGUGACUAGCAUCAAAUUUAUCCUUACAAAAUCACCCUUAUAAUCAUACAUGGGAAUAAAGGAAAUGAUCAGCUCAUAAAAAAAAAAAGCUCUUGAUUGUUUUGGAAAUUCUCCCUGUCAGCACUUCAGGAAAUGUACUGGUCAAGAGAAUAAAGGAAAUGAUCCCCAACUACAGAAGCUCUUGAUUGUUAAACAAACUCUUCUACUCUGCACUUAAGGAAAUGUUUGCAGAACAGUAUGGAGAAUAUGCAUAUUGAUGUUAGAGUGUAAAGGGUUAUUUAAAUAAUAAUCUAGAACUGGGUUAAAAAAGGUAAUUUUCUGAUUAUAGGUCAAGCAGUUGUUGAACUAUCAUCCUGAUCUCCUUGAAGAUGGAAACAUGGUUAGAACGCACACCCCUCUUCAUCUUGCUGCAAGAAACGGCCAUAUAAAUGUGGUGUCAUAUUUCCUUAGUUGUGGAAUGGAUGUCAAUAUAUCGGUAAUAAUUUUUUUUAAAAAAAAUUAUAUCAGUUUUAGUCUUCCAUCCCUUGGAUUGACUAGCAUCUAAUUUUUUCCCCACAAUAUCACCCCUAAAUCACUAAUUGAGAAAAUGACAUCCCUAGGAAUGACUAACAUCUAGUUUCUCCACACAACAUCCCCCUGAAUCACUCAUUAAGGUCAUGAGAGUAAAGGAAAUGAUCACUAACUAAAGAGACUCUUGAUUAUUAAAAAAGUUCUCUUUCUUAGCACCUUAGGAAAUUUAAGUCCAAUUACAACUGUACUGAAUGAUUAGUGAAAAAAAAGCAGCUAACGCACCAAUUACAUUUGAGGGAAUUGUAAUGGUUAUGAUUAAUGACAAUAAAUAGCUCCCAUUAAGUGACAUUAUAACUCUUGUAGGGUACAUCUGGAACAGCCCUUCAUGAAGCAGCACUGUAUGGCAAAGUGGAUGUGGUUAAUCUUCUUCUGCAGUGUGGUAAGUUGAUUAGUUCAGAGGCUGAAAUGCUGGUGACUAAAAAUUUUUACUAGUGAGUUCACCGGACAACUCUUGAGACUCUGGCUGUGCAAUUAAGACUUUAGAGGCUUAAUUUGGAACUCUUUACAGCUUCCCUUUCAGUCUUAACCCUUAAACUCCUGUGAGUGACCAAGACAGAAUUUCUCCUUACUAUUAUCUAUACAAUAUCAAUCAGAUGAGUGAUGAGAAUAAAGAAAACUAUCAAUUAUGGGAUUACUAAUUGAUUCAAUACCAAAUUCUUCAAACUAACAUAAUGAGAAUUAUUUGGCAGACAGUAAGGAGAAUUUCUAACGAGAUCUUGGGAGUUAAAGGGUUAACCCUUUACCUCCAAUAUAGUAUUUUAGCAAAUAGGUUGUGAGAACAGACAGGGUCAUUUGCAGAGUAUAUCAUAGCAAUGAACUCUUCCUUCUCAUUGACAAGGAAAUGUUUAUUGGUGAGAGUGGAGAAUUGCUAAAUGGAUCUUGGGAGUCCAAGGGUUAAUGUCAUAAUUCCAAACUGUUGUACAAAAAUUUAUCUUUGCUGAUUAAGUGUUGACCAUUGUUAGUACGAUAAUUCUGAGACUGAAACUGACUCAAUGGUUUUAUGAAUAUUUUUAAAUACUAAGUAAAGAUAUUAUAAGUGAGAACCUUGGGGUAAAGGCUGGUUUUCGUUUAUCUGGAAAGUCCCAGACUAUCGGCAAUCUCACCAUUUCUUGACUGUCCCAGAUUUUGCUGAUAUAUGUGUGUAUUGGAAGAUCGCCAGAUGUUUGUCUUAGUUGAUUAUAGAUGCCAGUUAUCUUUGAGCUGGGGAUGCAGGAACUGAGCAGUUAGAGAAUUGGUGACGAAUAAAGUUUUCAUAUAGUUAUCUUCGAUGAUCAGCAAGGCAAUCAGAGUUGUCUUGAUUUUGAGUUUUAUUAGUCAGAAAGCUCUGGAAUGGUUUGGAAACAGUGAAAUCCAGCCUUUUAAACAGUGUUAGAGAAUUCCUUGUCCUGGCUGGGUAUGAAAAUAGUAUAACCUUGUGCAAAUGUAGAAGAUAAGGUCUCAUUGUUCCUUGCCAUAGGAAUUGAUGUCACUGUUGUGGAUGGCAACAACAAAACAGUGUUGGACCUUUUAGCAUCACACCCUUCUGGAAGAACAAGGGAGAUUAAAGAACUAAUAUAUGGUGUGUUUUAAAUAAAACUUAUCCUUUAAAAUAAUUGUACCUUGAUCUUCUUGUUAAACCUGUAUGCAAGGUUUGAUUGACACAAUUGCAUGCAGCUUUCUUGAGAAAGGUUUUCAGAAAAAAAGGAUGUAAAUGCAUGAAAAAAUCUUGAAAGGUUAUCUGGGUAUCUGGCAAUCAAUGAGUUUACAUCUAAGUCAAAUAAAUAAAUAAAUUCAUUAAAUGCGCAAUGCCUCAUCAUUCUCAGAUUUCUCAAAAAUCCUGAUCAUGAGGUUAAAGAGAUGUGACCUGAAACUACCCACAAUACCUUUUGGGUUUGUUGCGUGCACUUUUACAACCUUUUCAAAACAAUUGUAUACAUGUAUGGAUGGGGUCUCUUGUUGAUAGACAGUGCAAUCAAGUUGGGCAAUACUAUGGUGAAUGAAUGCCUUUUGCAUAGCUCCUUGUUCAAACAGACCUCUUAGAGAUGGAAAGAAGAGGUUUGAGAAUCUGUUAUGGCACAGAAAUUUAGCCAGGAUACUGAAAAGAAAAUGGCUACAUUCAUAGUCAGAUUUUCAGCAUGUGUCUGCAACGUCAAAUUUCCAAAAGGAAGUUAGCCAGUGUCAUAAUCAAUUGUGUUCUUCUUAUUAAUGGUAGUGAUAACAACUAAUAUACAUUUCCUUGAGCAUAGCUGUGCUUGAAGAGUAACCAGCUAUUUUAAUUUGUAGCUUUGGGAGGGCUGGGGGUGAGUUCCCCUAAUCACUUCUAUAAUGUUAACAUGCUCUUAUGCACUUUAGAAUGAUUUUCCAUUUUCACUGUAUAAAGUUUGUUAAGGUGAUUCCUCAGAAAAAAAUGUUAUUGAACAAUUUUUUUAAAAUUCUCCUUAAAUGUUCCUCACCAAUGUCUGUUUCAAAAAAAUACAAUAAAAAAGAUAGGUCAAUGGCUUGUUUAGGAGACAUGAAGGACAAAACUUACCCUAUUAAUGCCUGUACUAGCACUAAUCACACACGACAUUUUGCUGCAGCUGGAAGCAAGGGUUUUUUAAAUAAACACUUUAAAAAAACUUGACAGGUAGAAAGUCUCAAGCUUAUGGAACAAUUUGGUAUUUAAGUUUUGGGAAAAUCAUGCAAAUUUUAAUGAAAUUCACUCAAAAUGUUCCUCAAGUCAUUCCUUUCAAGGUCAUAAUUUGCAUCCUCGAGUAAUGGGCCUUGUGCACACUUUUAGCUUUAUUUUUUUCCCUUAAGGAAUUUUUUCUAAUUUCCCAAAUUUAAUGGGGAUAAAUUUUACACCAAAAUUAUGCAAAAAAAAAAUAUAGGUCACCAAGCACAUUCAAGAGCUUAAGACCAUUGCACCUCUUUACCUGUUCCAUGUAUUGAAAAAUAGUACUGUGUUUUGGGAGUGCGCAUGUGCUCAUUGCUCUGAUUACUUGAUCCUUAUGCGCAAUACAGGAUGCGCAGCGCAAAACUGAGGAAUCACCUUAAUACCUAGUGAUGCUCCAAUUCUUUCAAUGCUACUAAUUUUCUGCUUGAACUUGUUACUAACCAGCCUCCAGCCUCAAAGAGCCUGUUUCUUAUUUAAGGCGGCAAAACACUGGUGAGUUCAAAUAAUUCUGUGAGUAAUUGCAGACAAAAGUCAGAUCAUUGGUAGAGAUAAAUGAAUAAAGGGGUAAGUUUCUGAGGAAACUGUGGUGCUACAUCGGUGGGAGGGUAUAACAGGGUAAUUUAGUAUUAUCAACUAGGUUUAUAAUGUAAAUUGGUCACAGGAAAGAGUUUCAAAGCUGACGUUCACUCUGAUGAAGGGCUAAUGCUUGAAAUGUUAGCUUUUAAAUUCUUUGCAGUGGCCAAUUUAUGGUAUCAACUCAGUUGUAAUGUUAAAUUACAUUGGUUGAGAUGAUUUGUUCAACUAAUAUGUUUCCAGCUGUUGCAUGCAUGUUUGUGUAUGUUUUUACACUUUACGCCAUAGCAUCAGUGUGUAUGUUCUCCAUACAUUUCCUAAGGUUUGCACAAGAAGAGUUUGUUUGACAGUUAAGAGAUUGUUUGGUUGGUGAUCAUUUCCUUUAUUAUUGUGACCUUAAUGUGUGACUCCUAAGGGUCAGAGGGAUAAUAUUAACAUUUUGACACACUAAUUUUACACAAUAUGUGGUGAAUCUUCUGUCAAGAAGGAAUUGUGUAGCUUCCCUAUCCCAGUAAAUAUGAAUUUAUCUCAGUAGUCUGAGGUGAUUAUGAGAAUGCUUAAUCUCUGUAAUUAUUGUUCUCUACACCUUGCCUAUGGCACCAACAAUGAAAAUUUGUUCAACUUUCAAGAAUUUGUUCAGUUAGUUAUCAUUUCCCUCAUUUUCAUGACCCUAAUGUUUGAGUUAGAAGUGCAAUUGUGAGGAGAAUUCAGAUGCUAGUCACUUGAAGUACAUCCCAGGUUUUCUGCAGGAAUUUAGGUUUUCGCAAAAGUUAGCCAGUACUCCUGGGUGGAGAAGGGCAUGUGUGAUAACUAAAUUACCCGUUGAUGUGUCUUAAAAGAUGUCUGUGAUUUUCAUUUGCAUCAUGUACACUGUGGGUCCUUGUUAUUAAUAAUUAUUUUCUCUGCUGUCAUCACAGAGUUCAAACCAAGUACAAGAAACUCAGCAAGGACAUCAGACACAUUUCCUGUGAGUUCAAAUCAAUUUAACAUGUAUGACAAUAGGCCAUUUUACAGUUGUUUACUUAGUUGCCAAGCCUUUGAUCUGGAGUGAGGCUGAAGGUAGCUUGUUAUGAUAAAGAUCAGUAUCUUGUUAGCAUGAUAACAAAGUAAUUUACAUUUGAAAAGCAGAAUGUUUGUAUCACAACAAGGUCAACCUUAGCCUCACUCUUGUUCAAAGGCUUGGCAACCUAGCACUCAACUGUAAAAUGGACUAUUUGCCUUCCCAAUAUAAACUUGGCCAUCAAAGGCACAUUGAUGUGCUAGAUAAGUAAAUGUAAAAGCUUUUAAUUACAAACUCAUUAUCAUCCACAGGCUUCUAUUCUUAAAAAUGAUUUGGUCGACAUUUUAGAUUUUGUUUGUUUGGUGGAUGAGUAAGAAAAGGAAAGAGAGCACCUGAUUUUUUUAUGCAAUUGCCAAGUUAUACUCAAAUCAGAGUCAGCUGUCACUGUCUGCAAUGAGUGGCAAAAGAUGUGGCAUGCUCCACUACUUUUUGAAUUUUCUCUAUAACUUUUUAUUUAUCUCCGUAAAAAUAUUGGUCACUAAUUUGUUUGGGGGAAAGGGCAGACUUUCAAGUGACUCAUUAGGGAUGAAUUACAAGACUUCUGUUUAUUAAUUUGAGUGGAGGGUUUGUCAACCACCUUCUAAGGAAAGACGAGCCAACUACUCAUGCCACUCAUUUUAGUUAGAGUAUGACCAGUCACUCAGGGCGGGAGUACAGAUUAACUUAGCCAUUGAAACCAGGCUCCCUUAGUUCUCAAAGCCUUGAACAUUUGGGUUGCCAUGGUGAGCAAAGAAGGGUUUUGGUGACUAGAUAUGCAGCAUUGCCAGUUUACAACCUACACUGUAUGCAAGUGGUGUAGAAGUACGCUGUUUUUUUUUUCGUUGUUGUUUUUUUCAAUACUCAGAAUCAGUUUUCUAAAGUUAACCUGAAAUGAAAUUUGAUACGAGUUAUUGUUGAUACUCUGUAAUUUUUUUUAUCUUAGGAAAAUUGUCUUUUUCUCUUUGGUUGUCCAAUUUUCAGGCCUUUAGAUAUCCUGUAAAUAUCUUCCAGCCAGUCAUUUUUAUCUUUUUUUUGUGGCAACUAGACUCCCCCAAAAAAAUAUUAUAAGAGGUAAACCUCCACAGUCAAUUAAAAACUGCAUUUAAAAAUGUGAUUAGUUGUAAUCUUCAAUUUUUAAUGUAUAACGUUAGGGGUUCCCCGAGCGUCCUAAGUCAAUGGCUGUUUCCAGGAGUUCAACCUAUAAACCUGUUCCACGUCAGACAGGUGUGUUGUAAAAUUGAUUGAUAAAUUUCUAUCUUGUUUCUGACGUACUCUUAUGAAAUUGAACCAUUUUUGGGAUAUUUGGUGUUAGAUUUCUAUAACUUCUGCAUGAUGAGUUUGAGGAUUCCCAUUACCUGAUUAUUGAUCACUCUUGGGAGCUAGGAGGUUGAUAACGUACUUGAAAAAAUUGCGUGCCUCUGAUUGGCUUAAAACGGGCGCAUUCUUGUGUAAUAAGAGUGCAAAGUUGUAACACGAGUGCAAAUUAUAAAUGGCACGCGCACGCUCUGAAAAUUUACGUCUGUCUUGCCUUCCUUUGAUGUUUAUUCAUGUAUAUUAGUGACAAGUAAUUUUAACAAAAUUUCGCUGGCAAUUUGGUGUAAAAAAACUUGAUUAUUAACAACAAAUUGCACUCGAAAUCUUGUUGCUACUUUACUAAUGCACUUUGCCCCCUGAUCAUUGUUUGUCAACCUGUGGACGGUUUUAUCGAGGAUUGCAGCUGAUCUAGGUUUUGUCAUUUACAGGUUUGGAUCCAAAUGCCCUUCGAAGAUCAGGGACUUACGAUGCUGUGCCUACCCCACGAACGAGACGGGAGUCAUUUGUAAGUGCCUUUGAAUUGUUACAGGCUAUUAAUUGUGAUAAAGUUUCUAUGAUUGCUAGCUUUAAAAAAAAAUUAAUUCAAUUCAUCAUGGUUCCGGGGAAACUUGCUUUUGGAAAGCCUGUGUCCUAAGAGUUGUAGCUUUUGAGAAUGAGGCUGAGAGGUUCAGUAAUCAUUGGAGAAUGUAUGCCAUUGAAACCAUCUCUAUUUUGUCAUCCUAUCAUUGUUUUUGUAUGACUGUAUUCUAGGCCCGUCAUUUGGGAGUUCUAGAUCCACGUUUGUUUUUGAAGCUGUGUGACCGCAAACGUCAAUGAGUCACGUGACCCCAGCGGUCACGUUCGCCGUUUGCCGUCUACGUUUGAACUCCGUGUUUGAAAUGAAGGAACCCCAUCCUUUGUGUAAUUCCAGGUGGCAGCGCAAAUGUUGAUUUUUUUCAGGUGAAAGCCAACGUCGAUCUAAAAAGCUGAAAGUCUCGAAACUUCUAACCUCUAACCACAAACUGCUGACCGCGGUUUUAUGUUUGCGGUGAACACACCAAACGUGGAUCUAAAACUCUAUUGCCUGCUUUGAUCCCGCGCAAGAACAAAAAAAUUGCAUCGAGCGGACUUAAAAAGUUCAAGAUUUUUGGAGAAUGUCGUCGGCAUCGAGUGCUAAAAAGUGGCGGAGAACUUUCCUAACAAAAGAGACAUGAAAGACGUUCUGAGUUUAACGUGCUACAAAAACUAGAAAAAAAAAAUUAUUAAAACACAAAAUGAUAUGAAUUUUCCAGUGCGCAAAAAAAAACCACUCUUGAUUGUAAUGAAAGAGACAUAUUUUGCUAUACACUGAAUCCUUUAUUGACUAAGCUUCUUGCGUGGUCAAUUAAUUGAUGCUGGCUGACUUUUGGCAAAACCUAGAUUUUUGCAGAAAACCUGAGAUGCACUUAAAAGUGACUCGUUCUUGUUUUUGCGUUUUGUGGGCCAUGACUUCGUCUCAGUCCAUAGAAAUGCCAAAAAGAACUCGGAACUUAUCCAGCUAUCUUGACCGCACGCUUGGUCCAUAAUACUUACAGCACGGUUUGUAUAGUUGAAAGAAGAUAAUUUUUUGUUUCCAGGAGCAGCCGACUUAUGAUCAGGUACCACCAGCUAAAGGUAAUUUUCAACACACACUGUAGGUUUACAUAUUUACAACGCGACAACUUUAACCCAGGGCAUCCAAGGUUAUUAGCUAAUAACAGUUUGAUUAAAGAACAAAAAGAUCAGAGGUGACACACUCAGCUGCCCUCGUGAGCCACUUUUUUGUUUAUACCACAUUUCGAGUUUAUUUAAGAAAUAGGUGGUGAGUAGCGAAGUCAAUUAGAUUGCAGCAUUUUUGAUAGAGUGUACGUAGAUUUAUAUAAUUCAUGCGGAGGCUGAUUCUUUGAGUUGUGAAGAAAAAUGUAUCUUAGCUAAUUCAGAGGUUUUUACGUCGACCUUUUUUCAUUUUCAGCUGCGUCUGCAAGACACACUACUGACUGGACUCAAUAUGAAGAAGUAGGGUCCAGACCUCCAAUCAAUAACAAUUUGACGUCUGCUGGUGAAGGGUACACCCUAUUGGGUUUCCCUGAGGAACCUGCCACAGACGCACCACCCGCGUUAAGUUCCCAGGAGAUCACUGUUGGUUACACUCUUGUGGGACUUCCAGGCAACCCUAGUGCAGUCACUAAUGGUAAAUGCCCACUGCGACCAGGCAGUACCUAUGCCAAAGUGCGGAAAGAAGGUGAGCCCAUUGUCUCGCCUUGGACAGGGCCUCCUUCUCAAAUACCGGCGGGUGAGUAUUCCUGUCUGGCAUUUCCUGGUCGGCUGGGGAAAGUGAAACUCUUUCCAUGUCAGUUACAAUAGUGUAGACAUUAAGGUUCUUUCACUGGUACUGUGGCAUACGUUUAUUAAAAUUCUGACGCACAGUGACAGGAGCCGGAAAAUGGAGAUGUCAGUUUAUGUAACUUAAUACUCGUUUACUCCAGACACAGUACCCACGAAACGGUACCUUGAACAAUUGUGCAUGUACGCAACAGAAAUUUCAGGGAUUUAAACUUUCAUGAGAAGACAGUUGAAGACAGUUCGCCCCCCACCUCCCCUACCCAUACAUUUUGUAACAGACUGUUUGUCGCUACCUAUUUCAACUCGGACAUAUCGCUUAGGCGCGUGACAACGGUAGAUAGAGCGCAUGUGGAUAGAGUGUUGUAAAACCAAAUAAUUACUACAGCCAAUCAGGAGAAAAGAAAAUGUCACAAUCAGCCAAUCAGUGAAUGAAAGCAAACUGCCUGAAGCGCGGGAAAACGCAAGUGACCGAGUCGCGACUGGUUUUAGUUUUGAAUGUGAUUGGUUUAGAGGAUGGCACGAGAUUUCUAGACCAAUCAAAUUGCGCCGUAAAGUGAAACCCAGGGGGAAGCCUGGAUUACUUUCGACACCCAAUCGAAAAAUGCUGUAUAGAGCCACAGACUUGUUAGCAGAAGUUACCUUUUCAUGAGCUUUCUAAGGGGCCAUGUUUGAGUGAUCUCCCAUUUUUUUUGAAGGCAUAGCUAGCAUAGACAAUCCUGACUAUUGUUUGGUUGGUGAGACCACCCGUCCACAUUCACAGUCGCAGAACCAAAGUGGAGGCACUUAUGACCUUGUUAAUCUGCCAUCAGGACCGAAACCUGAUGUAAACCAACAUGAUAGUGUCUAUGAAGUCCCCCCUGCAACAUUAAGGGGAAAAGGCAAUGGUCAGGAGGAGAAUGGCCCUCCCGUUCAAGUCCCCUCUAGAGUUCCAAGGGGUCAGUCGUUUGAUAUGUACGAAAACACCAGUAUUGGAAAUCAGCCGGUCAAUCAUCCAAGACAGGAAGCGACUAAUUACGACUUUGUGUCCCUCCCACCACGAAAAGCUACAAUGGAACAGCCCUCUUACGACAUAGUUCCUCCACUGAGUCGAUCAUCUGAGAAUCAGCGAGGUAGCCCGGAGGUGAGCUCCUCUGCUGCAGGUGGCACGACUCUAACAAACCGAUCCUGCCCCUUGGAUGCACCAGGGUACGAGAUUGUACAACCACGAAACCUAAGCUCUUUCGCUGGCGACUCAGCGCCUGAAAUGAAACCCUUUGCUUCUCUGCCAGGGUAUGAACCCAUGCUCCCACCCGAAGAUGAGGGGUACGAAAAGCUGGGCCCUCCAAUUGACAUCCAACAGCAGCUAAGCAGCCGUGGAGAUUAUGAAACCCUUGCCAUGGUAGGUCCUCAAAAAACAGGGUCUCAGACAGAACCAGCGCGAGUGACCCAGCAACGGACCAGCGCAGUGAACAUUCCUGGCUCGACAUCUCUGUAUGAGGUGCCCCCGUCUAUGGUGUCUCCCGUGUAUGAAAUUGCACCAUCUCCACGAAACGUACCUCCGGUAAGCUAUCUACUUUAUUUAACCCAUUAACUCCCACAAGUGAUUAACAUGUAACUUCUCCCUAUAAUAUUCUUACAUUAUCCAGCAAGCAGGCAUGGGAAUACUCACACUUGUCAUCUUAAUCUAACAUCAAAUUCUCGUAGCGGAUUUACAAGGAAAUGAAUAGUAGCCAGAAAGGAGAAUUAACAAUCAGAUCAUCAGAUAACUUUUCCCUUAAGCGGCUGCCUAUGGUGUAAUAGACGGCAGUGCCCGGAAAGGGGCCAUAAGGACAAACCCCAACACACGGGAGCUUGCUGCUUGAAGGUAGCAGUGGACCGCUAGUAACCGGCUUUUGGUGAAACUCCUGGUUAACUUGUGUACAAGUGGCUCCAAAGGUGUUUCAAGUGUUUUUUUUUUCUUUUAGAGGAAAUUUUUGUUUUGCCGUAUUUGAUUUUUUGUUUGGAAAGUAGUAAGGUUUCCUACAUGUAGAAAUGAUUUAUGGUACGUGAAAUGUGAAGCGGGAAGAAUUCGUUGGAAAGUAUGUGGAGCGAAACGAAGUGUAACGAGUGAAGUGUUAUGUGUGUUACGUGAAGAACGAAGUGUAGUUUGUGGCAUGUAGUGCGAAGAGUUUAGAAGUGUUAAGUGCGAAGCCUGGUGCGUUAUAAAGUGAAUCCAUUCCCGUCCUUCAGCUCAUAACUCUCAGCAGACUUCUUACGUUCCGCUUCGCUCACAGCUUCCUGGCCACGUCUCUCUUGAGAGAAAGUACUUUGCUCAUUUAAUUAACGUUUCUACGUUCUCAUAGCUUCCCCCUCGACCAGCACAGCCAACCCCUCCGACCCAACCCCCAGUUAACUUUGGAGUUCAGUGGAUCGAGAAGGAACCGGAACAAGCUCAGCCUAAGCUCCCCCCACGGAGAAUGAAUGAAUAUUGCGACUGGCACUCGCUCAAGAAACAAGAUCCCACGUCACCUGAGAGGCCCCCUAAGUCUGGGGCCUACGAAAUAGUGCGCCUUGAGGGCUCAUCAGAGGUAGGAACGGUAGACUUGGACAAAAUGCGGUGGAGAGAAAGUCGUGGUUCUGGGGGAGAAUAUUGUACACUGUCACCUUCGGCCGUAGGACCUGGCGAAACUCUAAACAGAGACAGCAUUGCUUCCAGCGAGAUGUCGAAUAUGUCAGAACCUACAAUGACACCGCCAUUUUCUCCUCCGUCGCCAAACACUGCUGAAGCCUCAGUAUUUGAUGUUUUCGGAUCGUUACAAUCCUCAGAUAUGACGACAAUUUCGGAGGCUCCCGAAGUUGUACAAGAUCAACCACGACCCCCCCGACCCAUUCCACGCAAAAGGACCAAACCGAAACUUCUUCCCCGCAACGACAGUUUGCACGAUGAAGAUUACCCAUCUCCACAGGGGGAACCUACGAGAGCUGAAAGCAGUACUGUUUCUUUUGAGAGGAGUCAAGACCCGUUUAGUUUUCCUCCUGCAAUGGCUUCCGCGCAAAAGAUGGACAGCCCGAAAAACAGUGAUUUUGCCGAGCUACAUAAGCGCUUUUCGCCGCAUUCUUCGCGCGAAAAUAUAUUUUCUGAUGUGAACGCUGCACUCGGUGGAGAGCGGCAAGAGCCCGACGGAGCCGAAACUCAAACUGAUGCGAGGCCUUCGCCGUUGGUUUAUGAAAAUGUGUUGUUUAGACGAAGCGAUGAAGUAAAAAAGAACUUGCCGGGUGAUACCCGCGAGAAUGGAACUGUUGCGAAGAAAGAUGAUUCUGUUGAGAGGCCUGAUUCAUAUAGGUUAAGCACAUUGUCAGCGGAUAGCCCCAUGGACGAGAAAGAGGAAUGGGAAAAGGUAACGUUUUCAAUUUCAAACGAGAUUUUGUUCCUGUUAUGGAUUUUUUCCUCGCUAAUUUAUCCUUUUGAACUCAGACCUUUGGUAUUGACAGGAUUUUUGUUAAAUCUAUUAUGAAAGCAGUUCUCAAUUGAUUGACGAAACACCGAAGCUAAGUUAAUGACGGCAACCUGUAAGAACAAGGGUCGAUGUCAUCAUUAGCCAAUGAGAAAUCAAGGUAACGACAGGUGAAUUUCUUGAACUGAGCGCGGGAAAACGUGAGCGACCAAGUCUCACCAUUGGCUUUAGUUUUGAAUCUCAUUGGUUUAGAGGAUGACGCGAGUUCAGGGCUAAAAAUUAACUCCAGUGCUUGGUGGCCAGUCGGGCCAGUUUCCUUAAAUUCUUCGUGGCCCAUCCCAAAAUGAAGUAGCCCUCGAUUUCCUUUAGUCUAAAAUGAAAAACUUGAAUAAACGCCCCAUGGCUUUUAACGGAGUGUUAACUAAAAGGAAAGAACAAGCUCGUGAAAUCACUGUUAAAACGGCUCGGAAUUUCCACUUCAGAACUAAAAACUUCGCUAAAAUGGAUGAUCUUAGAGUCCAGGCAAAGAAACGAAGAGAAAGGUAGUCCAAUUAAACUAAAUAUUGAGUUUUAUUUUAACUUUGUACUUCGCAUAAUUUACGUUGCAACUUUUCGACAUUCUGUAGCAUAGUCGCACAUCGGGCAUUCAAACCUUAACUUUUGGUGGCCCUGGUCAGUUUUAACUCGCCACUGGCGACCGUGCGACCGCCAAUUUUUAGCCUUGCGAGUUCUCUACACCAAUCGGAGAUCGCGAGGGAGAAAAACUAGCGCAAUCUCGGAUUAUUUUCGACACUCCGUUGAAAAUUGCUCUCAUCUUUCAGAUAAUUUUACCCUGAUCUUUAAGUUAGGGGGGUGCUAUAAAAUAGAGGAGGAGAGAUUUCUUUAAGAACAUGUUCUAUAGUUAUUGGUGAUCGGUCAUUAAGCAGAUUAAUGCUCUCUUUGCAUUGGUUGGCAAAUGGUAAACAAACCGUAAUACCUCCGCGAAAAAACAGCAACAGCAACAACAAGUAAUUUAGUAACGGGAAAUUAUGCAUAGAACUGACAUUUCUCCCUGCGCAUGUUAAAAGAUGGGAUUCAGUAUAUAGACCCUGACGUAUCUUUCGCAUGUAAUUACAUUAGCAAUUAAUUUUCUUGUGUUUUUGCUUUAGAUCGAAGCCUUCCUGUCUUCAAUAUCUCAGAUUGAUAUGCCUCAAACUUUAGAGCUACAGAUCGCUGAUGCAGGUGUCUUUUUAACCGUUUUAGUUGCUCUUGUUAUUUUUCCUUCUCUCGUCGUGUUUGCUUUAGAAUUUAAAAAAACACCUGCCUUGAAGAUAGGAGAAUCUGCAAUGACUUUCUGCAUAGAAAAGGGCACGUAACAGACACUUGGUCUUAAUUUUCCUAAAAGGGGAGCAAUGGCAAAUGCAAGGAAAAUUAAAUCGAAUUUACUUGACACUCACAUUUGAAUGAAGUAAAACAUGUUGACAUGAAGAUGGAAAGAAAGUCACUAAAUGAUCCCCGCAGGAAUUAAAGACAUUGUGAAAAAGAAGUCUGAACAAAUGCACGCUUCGUUCCCGUAAACGAAUCUGAUCACAACUAAAUGAAUCAUAUGUUGACUUUCGGUUGAAUUAUAAGUAAAGCAAUGAUCCGAGCAGAGGAGAGCUGCUAUAAAAGAAAACGGUAACCCCACUUAAAUUUUACUUGCUCCCAGCUCAAUUGGUAGUAGCGACUACCUAGUUUUUGAGAUGCAUGGGUUCGAAUCAUGUCGAAGCUUAGAAAUUUCUGAGCUUUUUAUCCGCAAUUUUUUCAAUUGCAACUCGCCUAAGAGAAUUAUUUCUUCAUUUUGCGCUCUUGUAUGUACAUGUUAGGCAAGGCAGACACUGUAGCGGGCUGGCUGAAGGCACUGGAUCUUGACCAGUACGAGUCGUGUCUGGUGGCCAAUGGAUUUGACAAUAUCAUGUUCUUGGUACGUUCUACUUUUGCUGUUGUUCCUGUUGUUCAUGUUAGUGCGCCUCUUUCUUGGUCAAAACAUUUAGACCUAAUGAUAACGACAUGUGGUACAAUUGAUCGUUCGGAUGAGUGUAGUCCUGAGGAAGACUGUUGUCGAUAGUGGCGACUGACAUUUGGACAACCCGAGCGGAAAUCAUCAUCAAAGGUUGUCGAAACAUCAGUUACCACUACUGACAACAGUCCUUCUCAGGACUACGCUCACCCGGGCGAUCAAACUACACUGUUACAUGCUACCCCCGGGUUCAAACCGUUUACUGCAUUGAGAUAUAUUUUUUGUAACCAACGUGGCACUUUUACAGAAUGGGGUUCUUGAAGAUGAUGAUCUUAUGGAUAUAGGAAUUGUGGACUUUAACCACAGAAGGUACGAAUGAAAAAAAUUCAUUUAUUAUUUUAAUAAAUUCAGUCCUAAUUUCAGUUCGAGUAAGCGUUUUGAAGUGUUUGUAAAUUUGUCUGUCCUACGCUACAAAUGAGAUAUGGAAGGAGAGUGAGCGAGUCGGCGAAUAGUUUAAGCGAGUUAACUGUGGAAGUGGAAGAAUUUACUGGGAGACGUUGACUACUGCGCUAUAUAAUUCGUUGGUUUCACUGUUAUUCUUUUGUCUCGAACUGCCUCUUGUUUUCUUUUGAUCUGAUUGGUCGUUGUGGUCAUUGUGGUAUUGGUUGUGAGGCACUGAGUCGCGAAGCGCGGGAAAGCGUGAGUGAUCAAGUGACGGUUGGUGUUAAGUUUGCAUCCGAUUGGUUGAGAGGAUGGUGCAUCUGAUCGUUGUGAGGCACUGAGUCGCGAAGCGCGGGAAAGCGUGAGUAAUCAAGUGACGGUUGGUGUUAAGUUGGCAUCUGAUUGGUUGAAAGGAUGGUACAACUUUUUUAGACCAAUCACUGAACGUAAGGAAACUAAAGUAAUAACUACAGACAUCCAAUUGAAUGUGAAACCAACCCUAUUUUAAUUUUUUAACAGAACCAUCAUGGAAGCGGUGAAGACCUUAAAAACCUGUCCCCGGCUCAACGACCCUGCGUCAGCAAAGCCUGAGAGUUUGGAGGACUGGUUAGAGCUUCUGAGUCUCUCUGAGUACUAUGAUGUGUUUCAACACAAUGGUUUUACCUAUAUGGAGAGAAUACACAGGCUAUGGGAAGUGGAGCUAACGUCGGUGAGUGACGUUGACUCAUAUUAAGCGGACAUUCUGUAGAAUUUCUGACACUUAAUCUCGCGCGAUGACACGGGUAUUCUUUCCAGAAUUCUGUCGGUGGAAAAACUGUUUUGAUUCACCUUAAAGCAGCGCACACGCAAGAACAAUUAUAAGUUAUGACAUCAUUUUGAGUGCAAUUUGGUGUUAAUAAGUACGAGUAAAUUAUAUGUGCCUGUUUAAACCAAAGUGCACAAGAAAUAAUUUUGUUACCUAUGACUGAAUUUGCGUGAAAAGGUGAAAUUUUGAACGCGCGCGCGCGUUAUUUAUAAUUUGCACACGUGUUACAACUUUGCAUUCGUGUUACAUCAAAAACGCACUCGUUUUUUCAGCCAAUCAGACGCGCGUAAUUUUCUAAGGAAGAAAAUAUCUGCUAACAGGACCAAAAUAGAUGUGAGAGAUUAUUCAGCGUUAAUUGAUUUCCGGUUGAUUUUUUGCGAUAAGUGACAGAUGAUUGAACAAUAGGAUCAUAUUAUAUAUUUAAAAUGAGAGAGACCAGAGCGUGGGACAGAGAACGGUGAGAGAGAGAGAGGGAGGUUAAGUUGAUUUUAUAAAAUAAAACGUGAAGUUUCGGAACAUAGCAGAUUCUUUAGUCUCAUUUCCGACAUAGACAUGAAACGGUUGAACGCAAACUUGGUGGUCAAUGAUAGUGAAUGAAAAGUUGAAACUAUCAUCUACUAUCAUGACCGUUUGAACGGGGCUUAACGCGUUAUUAAAUUUCAGCUUAAGUGUAGAUUUGUCAUGAAGCCGGGAAGCUUAAUGCAGUUCUCUUUUACGGGCUCCUAGGUUCUGGAAAUAAACUCUCUCGGUCAUCGGAAACGAAUUAUGGCUUCAUUAAAAAAGGAAGCGAAGAAAAAAGAAAGAGAAAGAGAAGAACCAUUAGAAGUAAGUCAAGACCACUUGAAGCCGAGUGGCGGCAAGACUGACGGACUGAUUGACCUUCUAGGAUGACUGAAUAACUGACUGGCUGGCUGCUUGACUGUGGGAAUAGCUCGCUGGUUGGCCAGCUUGAAGUCUGACCAACAGACUGACUAACUGACUGACUGACUGACCAGCUGAUUGACAGACUGACUGGACUGACCUACCGACAGUCCGACCGACCGGCCGGCCGGCCGACCGACCGACCGACCGACCGACCGGCUGUCUAACCUAAAAACUGGCUGGCUCGGUCUUUAUUUAUUUAUUUUUUAAAUUGUCUAUUCUUUUUUCAUAUAUUUAUAUAUCUAUUUAUUUAUACAUUAGUUCAUUUAUUUGAUAUUUACACGUUCUUUAAUUGUUAAGAACACAAAGCUUGAAGACAGUAGUGCUGCUCUCGAAGUACAGUUAGCGGAGCUCAAAAUGUACUGCCCAGAUGAGAAACCGCCGACCAUAACAACCGCCGGAGCAACAACCGAAGAUGACCUGCUGGCGGCUGCCGAAGAGUUGAUGAUUGGUCCUGAAAAGGUAUGACGUCAUGUAAACUUCGAUUUUAAACCGAGGACAAUUCAAUCCGGAUUGUUGUUGUUUUGAGAGUCCGAAUGCAUUUUCUUUUGCAGGCGAAUGAAAGGAAGUCAAAGGAAAAUGGGUCUAUGAAGUGGAAACACGAACCCUCAAUGUUGAUAAAUGGAAGUGUAAAUUAUAGUACUCUGGUGAGUGGAAAACUAGUCAAAGAGAACUUGUAAGGGACUUUAAACACUGCAUUGGUCAGGAAUGUCACUUUCUGUGAUGAUCAUAUAUUAGUAUCCACUAUGACAGUGUGUAACGUCUAAGGCGCGCUCUGAUUGGUUACACAAACUCCAAAUAUCCUUUGAUAUUCACCUUCGAGAGAGGCGCGCUGGAUUUGCGCCCGAGAAUAUUGUAUUUGUUGCAGGAAUAAAUGACUUAAAAUUAUCUUUUUUGCUCUAUUAUCUCAUCGUUUUGGUAAUACUAAAACAAUUCAUUAUCGCAGUGCCGGUGGGUAGCGUUAGAUAUUUAACUUGCCGCAUCGCGGCUCGAUAAAUAUCCACGACAAGCCACCUUUAAGUCGGUGAGUAGUUGUUAAUUAUAACCAGUCCUUGAAAUUCCUUUGGUUUCACAGGAAUAAUUGUUGGUUUGAUUUAUGCUUUUCUUUUCAGUAUCUCGGGUCGCAUGCAGUUAAAACAAUCACGGGGUUGCAGUCUACCGUUGAAGCCUCCCGUAAAAUGAGAGUAAGACAAGUUGUAUUACCUACUAGAGCGAAGUUUGAGUGAGAGUCUUUAAACCAAAACCAAAGUAAUCACAAUAGCAAAUUAGAGUGGAGGAAAUAUGUUAAGAAGCCAAUGAGAACUCAAAAUAUAGACAAGCAAACUGCUUGAAGCGCAGGAAAACAUGAGUGACUAAGUCGCGAUUGGUUUUAGGUUUCAAUCUGAUUGGUUGAGACAGUGGCGAGACAGUGGCGAGCGAGUUUUCUUGAAAAAGACGAUUACCGAGCGUGAGAAGUCGCGAUUGGUUUUAGGUUUGAAUCUGAUUGGUUGAGACAGUGGCGCGAGUUUUCUUGAUCGAUUACCGAGCGAGGUAAAGCAAGACCAUGACAGAUUUAUUUCGACCCUCAAUUUAAAACUGCUAUAACUGUUUGUGAACUGAAGGUCUGAAAGAAAAAUAUACAGGGAAAGUUGAUGGUUUUUAGCGAACCUUUGGGUAGGCUUCUUCUAUAUUUCAUGCAUCUUUUCAUUUUUCUUGUUUGUCUUUUUUAGCUGUCUACAGCCAAGCUUCAGAAAAUUCCCUCAGUGAUGCUUUCAGUGUCCGUAAAAGGAAUUAAGUUCAUUGAUGCAAGGUCAAAGGUAAUGCUUUCUUCAUUGCAAUCAGUACUCACCAGGAAAAGCUAACGAGUUCCACGAAGUGGUAAAAGUGGCUGUUGUUUACGUAACGUUUGUAAAUGGCAACAGUGAAAAGUAUUGCUUUUUGAUUUGGACUUUGUGGAUGAAGAUAAAAAGAUAACUAUUUUUUACCUUUAAAUAUGUUAGGCCAGUUUAGUUGACUCCCAGGGUAACCGCGACGAUUUGAAAUAAUGAUCAUUUAUCGACUGACUUUCGAAAGCUGAGUUUACCUUUCGACCCCUAAGAGUGAUUAGCAUGGAAUUUCUCCCAACAAUAUCCCCGUGAAACAAACACAAAGGUCACGAGAAUAAAGGAAAUGAUCACCAACUAAAGAAGCUCUUGAUUGUAAAACAAAUUCUCCUUGUCAGUACCCAAGGAAAUGUAUAGAGAACAGAAUGAAGAAUAUUCAUUCUGAUGUUAGGGUGUAAAGGGUUAAUGAACACUCAUUCUCCUCUCGACAGAUAUCCACAAUUGACUAUCACUCAAAUGACCUCCUAUAACUGGCAGAUUAAAGUGACCAAUCAAACUGACUUUCGCGACUUAAAUCUUUUAGCCAAUACCAUCACAGCAAAACCUUCCAAUCAGUUUUGGCGAAUUAGACUUUGACACCAGACAAAAAAAAACUCCUCACUCCUCUGAUGAUGACUUUCGCUCCUGUUGUCGAAAUCCCACUUUUUGUUACCGAUAAGAAUCCUUUUCAAGACUUACCUUGCCUAGGAAAUUAUUAGCGCAAUCAAAUGCUGCUCCUGAUUCAAACCAAUUACGGUAGAAAUGGCAAAGUGCUUUUCGAUUCAGGUUGUAAAACCAAAACCAAAGCAACAGCCAAUCAGAUGAAAGGAAGUUAUGUCAAGGAACCAAUGAGAGCUCAAACUUAAAACACGCAAUUUGAUUGAAGCGCGGGAAAAUGCGAGUGGCCAAAACGCGUCUAGUUUUAUAUUUGAAUAUGAUUGGUCGAGGAAGUGGUGCAAGUUUUCUGGACCAAUCAUAUGUCAAGAAGUAAAGCAAAAGCAGAGCAAUGCUAGAUUACUUUCGACACUCAACUAAAAAUUUCUUUAAUCAUGAUAACUAUGAUAUUAUGACGACGAUGAUGGAAGCGUUUCUAAAUAAUGACAUUUUUGAUGUUUUUGGACUUGAACCAGAUUAGUUGGGUCUUUUAUUUAUAUCAAGCCGAGUAUUGCUAUUAAUCGGAGCACUUUUUUUUUCCGUAGAUCAUGGUCAGUAAUCACGACAUCAGAAACAUAUCGUACAUCACACAAGAUCCAGAAGACAGAACAGUGUUUGCUUAUAUCGCUAGAGACGCUAAGACAAACAGCCAUUACUGUCACGUGUUCAGAAUGGAUAAUAUGGUGAGUUAGUUGCUAAAAUUACCCAUGCCUUCAAGCCGUCUAUAAGUGUACACUUCUUAGUCUUUCCAAGCAACUUUUGUUUAUUUGAAUGGAAAAUUGGGGUAAUCUUUCCUUCUUGGAAAUUCCACUUGUUUAGAAACUGACACAUCUGUUAACGAACAAGUGGACUCCCUCAGGACGAUAUAUUCUGGUGUAGAUGAGUUCAAAAGCACAUUUGCUAAGGAGUUUGUAAAGUGUACGAUUAAAAAGCAGUGGAAAUCCGCUAACUCGUAUCCGGUUUACUCGGAUCUCCCGGUAACUCAAACAAGAUUCGAUUUCCCUUGACCCAUUUUUUUCAGUCAUUUACUAUCUGCGAAAUCGAACUCCCGCUGAGUCGAACUAUUUUAUCUUGAGAGUUCGCGCGUUCUACUGUAUACUCGUUUCUCGAAAGCCCCAUUUCUCGAAAGCCCUGUUAACUUAACGGGUCCGCUGUUCUGUUUUCAUUCAAGACUCAAACAAAAACUUUGUCAAGUAUACAAUAAAACUAUAAACUUAAGAAUUAAAACUGGAACUGUGUCAGAACGUGCUUCUUUAUUCUUUAAAUAUGUGGAGAAACGGACCCCAGGCAAGGCCUUGUCGGUUAAGGGACAAGUAACGCUGUCCAUCGGAUAAAUCGCUAUCCAGCGGAUAAGUGUAAACAAAACGUACUACGCUAUACACUACACCCUUCGAACAACCGGGUCCAGUAGUUUUAAGGAACAAGUUUUCUUUGCUUCUGAGUGAGUGACUUCACAUAUUAUUUUGACUGUUAUCUUGAUUUCUUUAGCUGGAACCAAAAUGUCAGUUUCCUUCUCCAGCAAGCUUUUAUAAUUAGUUACUAAUUCUGAUCGACUUUGAUUUUGCUAGAAUAAGAUUGUAAUUUUGUUUUGAAUAGACUAUGUCAGAUGAUAUAACUAUGACGAUAGGACAAGCUUUUGAGGCAAGUUUAUGUAAAAUAUUAGAUUAAUUUCAGUAUCAAAGCGAUCGCGCACCUGCCCCUCCCCUAACCCAACAUUAACCUUAACUUGUAAUCAGUUGACAAUUUUGAGUUAGGGGAGGGGUAGGUGUGUAGUUGCUCCGACACUGACAUCAAUCCGAAAUAUCAGAUGUGCAAAGAUCGAUUUGAUCAAUGGCCACCACAUGAGUAUAACAGUAGCGAUCUCAUACGGUAUUUUAACUAUCUGGUUCCAGGCUUUCUCUUCCUCCCGUCUCAGGGACUCCUGGAGAGAGUCUGGGCUAAAGUUUAAAUAGUUACAUUUUUGUCUUUUGAUCUUAAAUUACAGCUUGCCUUCAGUCGCUUCAAGCAGUCUUAAAAACGCCAACUGGAAUGGUGACAAGAUGGAUGAUCUGCCAAAACAGAUCGUCAAGCCCAGCGGAAUAGAUCCAUUCAUUCGUCUUGCAUCAUUAAAAUUCAAGUAUCGUACGCGGAAGAGAAAAGGGACUUAAUUUCAUGGCAGUGUUUAAAAAGGUCAAAAUCAGCUACUUUUACCGAGAAGCUGGUUAUAAUAUACUUCUAGCGUGACAUGGCGUAUUUAGCAUUGCGUGACAAGAUGCCUGAUAGUGCCAUAGUUGAGCGUCACGCAAAUAACAGCUGCAAACAAGGAAAUGUUCGCGUGCCUUAAGGCUGUUUCUUUUGAUGAAGACAAAUUGUUUGCAUGAAAAAGUUCAACGUUCUCUUUCAAAUGACUUAGUAGAAGAGUUGUGCAUGCCACAUGUAUUCGCUUCAAUUGAGUGAUUGUGUUUCUAAGCCGUUUGAUUGGCUGGGACUGGACGAAAUCGUUACAUAGGAGUAUAUAU